AUGCUUAGAAGUGUGUUCGGGCCGAGAAUUGGGUGUUUUGUAGCACAGAAUGCGUUUUUCGGAGCGAGAAGAAUGGGCAUGGUGACGAUGACAAGAAGCGAGGGGAGUUUGCUGGGCGGAAUGGUGCCACUGGCCCGCCCAAUGGGCAGCCCAAUGGGUUCCCCAUUGAGCAGCCUCAUUGGGAGUCCGCUUACAAGUCCCCUGGAGACUCCAUCGGAGACUCCGGACAUGCAUUUGGACAGUGUCAUGAGGAAAAGACGCACCAAGAUGAAGAAGCACAAGCUAAGGAAGAGAAGAAAGAGACAAAAGGCCGAGAAGAGAAAGCAGAGCCAGGGUUGA